GCCUGGGACGCGCGUUGCGCAGUGUCCCCAGGCGGUUGUCCCGCGCGGGAGUCCGGCGGCUGGAGUCUCACGCUAGAUGACCUGAGGUGAUGAGAAGGUUUCUGUUGCUGUACGCCACUCAGCGAGGACAGGCGAAGGCCAUCGCGGAAGAGAUAAGUGAGCAGGCUGUGUCGCACGGGUUUGCUGCAGAUCUUCACUGUGUUAGUGAGUCGGGAAAGUAUGACCUGAGAACGGAAACUGCUCCUCUGGUAAUGGUCGUAUCUACCACAGGAACUGGAGAUCCACCCGACACAGCCCUCAAGUUUGUUAAAGAAAUAAACGACAAGACACUGCCCACAGACUUCUUUGCCCACCUGCGGUAUGGAUUAUUGGGUUUGGGUGACUCGGAAUACACAUACUUCUGCAACGGAGGGAAAGUGAUCGACAAACGACUACAGGAGCUUGGAGCCCAGCAUUUCUAUGACACUGGACAUGCCGAUGACUGUGUAGGUUUAGAGCUCGUGGUUGAGCCGUGGAUUGCCGGACUCUGGGCUGCCCUCACAACGCUCUUUAAGACGCUCAGAGAACAAGAGGAGAUGAGGGAGGCACCCCCACGUCCAGCAGACGCCCCCUCGGACACUGCCGUGGGGCCGCAGCUGCUCCACGUCCAGUCGCAAGUCGAAUGUCUGAGGUUAGAGGAUGCGGACAAAAGGGACCCUGAGGUUUGGGGACAAAUGAAACAAACGGAGUCAGACAAGGCUUUGAUCGAAGACUUUGAGUCCUCGCUCGUCUGCUCAGUUCCCCCACUCUCACAAGCCUCUCUGAGUAUUCCAGCUUUGCCCCCUGAGUAUUUGGAGGUGCAUCUUCAGGAGUCGCCUGGCCAGGAGGAAAGCCGGGCAUCUGUGACUUUGGAGGAUCCAGUUUUUCAAGUCCCAAUUUCCAAAGCCAUUCAGCUGACUUCAAAUGAUGCCGUGAAGACCACGCUGCUGUUGGAACUGGACAUUUCAAAAACUGAGUUUUCCCACCAACCUGGCGAUUCCUUCAAUGUGAUCUGUCCAAACAGUGACUCUGAGGUUGCAGGUCUGCUCCACAGGCUGCAGCUGACUGACAAACGAGAGCACCGUGUCAUCCUGACAGUUAAGACGGACACCAAGAAGAGAGGAGCUGCUGUACCCCAGCAUGUGCCCGAGGGCCGCUCCCUCCAGUUCAUCCUCACCUGGUGUCUGGAAAUACGGGCGGUUCCUAAAAAGGCGUUUCUGCGCGCCCUGGUGGACUGCACCAGCAGCGCGGCUGAAAAGCGAAGGCUGCAGGAGCUGUGCAGUAAGCAGGGGACCGCCGAUUACAACCGCUUCGUCCGAGACGCCAGCGUCUGCCUGCUGGACCUCCUCCUCGCCUUCCCGUCCUGCCACCCUCCACUCAGCCUGCUGCUCGAACAGCUGCCCAGACUCCAGCCUCGGCCGUACUCAUGUGCGAGCUCGAGCUUACUCCAUCCCGACAAGCUUCACUUCGUGUUUAACAUCCUGGAGUGUCCGUCCCCCACCACAGCGGCCGCACCGCGGAAGGGGGUGUGCACAGGCUGGUUGGCCACAUUGGUCGCGCCAUUCCUUCAGCCAAACACGGAAGCUCCGCACACAGACCGCCCUGAUGCCCUGGCUCCUGAGAUAUUGAUCUCUCCUCGAGCAACACCUUCUUUCCGCUUACCAGAUGACCCUUCGGCCCCCAUCAUGAUGGUGGGCCCAGGAACUGGCGUAGCACCCUUCAUUGGCUUCCUCCAGCACAGAGAGAAACUCCAAGAACAGCACCCAGAUGGGAAUUUUGGAGCAAUGUGGCUGUUUUUUGGCUGCAGACAUAAGGACAGAGACUAUUUGUUCAGAGAGGAGCUCAGGCGUUUCCUCAAGAUUGGGGUCUUGACUCACCUGAAGGUCUCCUUCUCGAGAGAUGCCCCCCCAGAGGGGGAGGAGGCCCCAGCAAAGUAUGUGCAGGACAACCUCCAGCGUCACAGCCAGCAGGUGGCCAGGACCCUCCUCCAGGAGAACGGCUGCAUUUACGUGUGUGGAGAUGCCAAGAAUAUGGCUAGAGAUGUGAACGACGCCCUUGUGGAAAUCGUGAGCAAAGAGGCCGGAGUGAGCAAGCUGGAGGCAAUGAAAACUCUAGCAGCGUUAAAGCAAGAGAAGCGAUACCUCCAGGAUAUUUGGUCAUAAACCAGAAGACAUUUUUCCCCUUAAAAUGCCAAAAGACAAUUUUACUGAAGCUGAGUGUAAAAUUUUUUGACUAUUUCUUGGAGGGGGUUGGGUAGGGAACGGAUCACUUAAGAGUCUGGUGCAGUCUCUCGGGUGGUCUCCACUCCUCCCCUGUGGCCCCACCCAGCACCGCACUGUGGGGGUGGAGAGGACAGUCUCCUCACACAUGGGCCCCACAGGAGGACAGGUGGCCGAUGGCUCGCCCACACCUGUGCACAUCAUGGAAAACUGUGGCUAUGUUAGCUCUCUAUGCAGAAUACACAAUACUCAUGCUGGUAAUAUUUAAAUUAGAUGUAAAGCAUACUUUUUGGAUGCUUAUAUAAUUAUUUAAUUGUGGUUUAUUAUCAAAACUAUAUUUCUGAUAAAAUAUUUUAAUUUUAUGGUCAUCCUUAUAAAGUAAGGGUUUUAUGCUACUAGACAUCUAUUUUGAAUAUAUUUGUACUCUGCCUAUCUCUUCCUGGUUAUGUGCAAUGCUCUGUAGCUCGGGCGUUUGCCUGCCCCCCCCCCCGCCAGGAGACAUGUGCACGUUGCUGUCAUGCUGCGCCCUGUCUUCUCGUAGAUUCCUGUCCAGUUGGGGUUUCCCAAAACUGAUUUUAUUUCCAUGAUACACUCAGAUUGUAUCCUAGCCUUAAAAUACUCCAGUUAGAUUUCUGAUUCCAGAUUCUCUCGGAAGUUAUGAAAAUAAAGCGUAUGAAAGGCUCUGUA